AUGAACACCGGCGCACACUGGGCUGCUCAGAACCGCGACACCGAUCUCCGGCAGGUGGCGAGUGCCACCGCUUUCUGCCAGCUCCAGGAGCCCCAGUACCUCGAAGAGCUGGGCUUCCGCAAUGCAAGCAGGAGUAUGCUGCACCACCUCGAAGUGGCCGGUCUGCCCAUUGAGCACGCCAAAGAUGCGUUCCACACAGCUGAUGUCUACACAGGCACGAACAUGAUGGUGAUGCUGCUUGCCGACAGUCUGGGGGAUCUGUGCACCCAACGGAUGACGCACUGGGACAGCUUUUACUACGUCUGCCUGCAGAUUCGCUCAUCUAUCCGUGAUCUCAUGCUGAAGAUGCCAGAGCGCCUCACGGUCCGAAGCCGAAGCCGACGCUUACAAGAGGCCAUUGAGAAUGUUGCGCAGAUGACGACGCAGCUGCUGUCAAACUUGGCUUCAGGGGCGUGCAUGCAACUGCCGCCGACUUCGGAAGCGGAUCCAAAUUGCCGAGGAUUCUUGGGCUGUCAUGCAUGGCAUCGCAGGCUCGCGCAAGGUUCACAUGACCUGGCCGUGCUCUCCCAUGUGAUGCAGACCCAGCUGGAGACAGCACUGCUGUGGGACUCCAUCAUGUUCCGGAUUGACACAGGAUAUCUGCAACUGCCGGAGCUGCCAGCCGGAGUCUCGCUAGGUGAUCUUAGAAGCCAAGACGACUUGCGCGUCAACACCCUGAGUACCUUGAUCGCUCGACUCAGGGCUUCGAGCCCUCGGAGCCUGCGAAUGGUGGAGAUUGGCGUCCACCAUGGCGAAGUGGCCGUGGGACUCUUGCAGAUGCACCCCUCUUUACAGUACCUGGGAAUAGACCCUUAUCCAGGGGAAUAUGGCAACAUGCGAGUGCGGCGGGGCUCAGGAGAUUUCGGGGACUCCGCGAACUUCCGACGCACAGCAGCAAGGUUGCGACGUUUCGGGCACCGUGCCCGACUGUGCCGGCGGCACUCGAGCCAAGUGGCUCGUGCCGGGGCAAUGCGAGCCUGCCAGGCGCGCUGGCCGGCCAAGCAUCUUGGUCUCGUGUUCAUCGAUGGAGCACACGAUUUUCGCUCCGUAGCCGCAGACAUCCAACACUGGGCCCCCCGGGUGCGACCUGGAGGUGUGGUUUCCGGCCACGACUACAGACUUGGCGAGGCUUUCAAUGUCGUCCGAGCUGUCCACAGGUUUCUUCCGGCUAACCGACACCUUCAGCUGGGUCCAGAUGGAGUGUGGUGGUGGAUCGUUUAA